AUGGAAGUUGCGAAGGAAAUGAUGCAAGGAAAUGAUGCAAAGGAGACGAAACACACUGCAACGACGCAAAUUAAAAAGAUAGAGAUGGGCGUUGGAAUCGGUUCUCAUAUCCCUUUCCAUUACACAAUCAUCCAAGAUCCAUCGCCAUCAUCGAAAACCCACCUAGAAAAACCAAAACCGCUUUUUCUUCUCGCUGGCCAUCUCCCCGGCCAACUCCGCCGCAUAUUGCCGGUGCAUGUCCAACUCCCGCAACAUCUUUUCCUCUUGUUCCUGUUGGAGCCGGUGAGCCUCGAGCAUGUGUCUUUCCGACGGCCUGUUCAAAGCGAAUUCGCCCUCCUUUGUCCGACGGAGAUCCUCAGGAAUGUACUCGGCAUCUCUGACGUUUUUGACCACGAUGUUGGCCGGCUUGGGAUGGUACAAGUCGUCAUACUCUUGGUCUGUGAGACCGGAGAUCUUCUCUUUGAGCCGGAGUCGGUAGCGGUAGAAUUCCGACAUGACAUUCUCGCGGCCGUCGUUCCAGCGGUAGAAAAACGUAAAGUACACGAUGAUGGACGACGUCAAAAACGUGCCGAACCAUCUGGUUCCCGUAUUGAGUCUUUGGUUGGUGUCCACUUUGCGCAAAACCAUGUACUGGCCCGGGUAAAGGCUGGACUGCGGUCUCGGCGUGUAGUUGAGCCGCUUCAUGGUCUCGUUGAUCUUUUUGUACUGUGUUGGGUUUUUAGGAAUGGACGAAAACCCUUCUGGAGCAUCGCCGGGCAACUUGAAUUCCGACGGAUAUCCUUCGGGGGGUCUGACAUCAGUUGGAUCAUAUGGGUUAUAUGGGGCUUUUGGAGGAACCCAGCCUUUUGGGUUGGGUCUUCUGUUGAAGUCGUCGGACAUUGA